AUCCGUGUUGCUGUUGCCGACCAUAAAAAAAAAUCUGUUGAGUGCAAGUGGAAGUGCUGGAAGUAGCAAAUGCUGUGAAGCGCUAGCUGGACGCGAUUACGGCCAGAACCAGCAGUCUCCAGACCAGCUGAUGGGACAAAGGGCAAGAACACGAGCAGCACUUUUUUUUCUCCUCCUUACCAAAUGCCCGCUUUUCUUCCUGGAUCUUCCAGUAACAUUAGUGGAUCCGCUUUCAUUCGUGCUGGACAGUUAGCUUGCUAGUGUUCACAGCUAGUUCACGUUAUUUCUCAUCGGACACGUUUCCUCCCUUUAAAAACCAACCCUCAAAACAGAGCUGAAUGUACUGUCUGUCAUGUGUCCGGCCGGGUGCUCCCAUGUGAACGGUUUCAAAGUGGACAAUUGGAAGCAAAACCUGCGAGUCAUAUAUCAGUGCUUUGUGUGGACCGGCAGCGCAGAGACAAGGCGACGUAAGGCAAAGUCUUGUAUCUGUCACAUGUGUGGUGCACACCUGAACAGGCUGCAUUCGUGCCUAUACUGUGUCUUCUUCGGCUGCUUCUCCAAGAAACACAUCCACGAACACGCCAAAAACAAACGACAUAACCUAGCUAUUGACUUGUUAUAUGGUGGAAUAUACUGCUUCGUUUGUCAAGAUUACAUAUACGACAAAGACAUGGACCAGAUCGCCAAAGAAGAACAGAGGAAGGCCUGGAAGCUUCAGGGUGUAGGAGAAAAGUAUUCGACGUGGGAGCCCACUAAGCGGGAGCUGGAGCUGCUGCGCCAUAAUCCAAAGCGCAGGAAAAUCACUUCCAACUGCACCAUAGGUUUACGGGGUUUGAUCAACUUGGGCAAUACAUGCUUCAUGAACUGCAUUGUGCAGGCACUCACACACACACCGCUGCUGCGUGACUUCUUCCUGUCGGACAGGCACAAGUGCGAGAUGCAGGCCAACUCAUGCCUGGUGUGUGAGAUGUCUCAGCUCUUUCAAGAGUUCUAUUCAGGACACCGGUCUCCCCACAUCCCAUUCCGGCUGCUCCACCUAGUGUGGACACAUGCGCGUCACCUGGCCGGCUACGAACAGCAGGAUGCACAUGAAUUCCUCAUUGCUGCCCUGGAUGUGCUGCAUCGCCACUGCAAAGAUGAUGACAACGGGAAAAAAGCAAACAAUCCUAAUCACUGUAACUGUAUCAUUGACCAAAUUUUCACCGGUGGACUACAAUCUGAUGUGACCUGUCAAGUUUGCCAUGGUGUUUCCACUACGAUAGACCCUUUCUGGGACAUCAGUCUGGACCUGCCUGGGUCGUCAACACCGUUCUGGCCUCUGAGUCCGGGAGGAGACGGUGCUGUAGUUAAUGGGGAGGGUCAUCUGACUGGCUCCACCACACUCACAGACUGCUUGCGUCGAUUCACUCGGCCUGAGCAUCUAGGUAGCAGUGCCAAAAUUAAGUGCGGAGGUUGCCAUAGCUAUCAGGAGUCCACCAAACAGCUGACAAUGAAGAAGCUUCCUAUAGUCGCAUGUUUUCAUUUAAAGCGAUUUGAGCAUUCAGCCAAGUUGCGCAGAAAGAUCACUACCUAUGUAUCGUUCCCCUUAGAGCUGGACAUGACACCUUUCAUGGCCUCCAGUAAAGAGAGCAGAGUAAAUGGCCAGUACCAGCAAUCAGUAGAUGUUUUAAACAACGACAACAAAUACUCCCUGUUUGCUGUAGUAAAUCACCAGGGCACGUUAGAAAGCGGCCAUUACACCAGUUUCAUCCGCCAGCACAAGGACCAAUGGUUUAAAUGUGAUGAUGCGAUCAUCACUAAGGCCAGCAUUAAGGACGUGCUGGAUAGCGAAGGGUAUUUGUUAUUCUACCAUAAGCAGUUCCUUGAAUACGAGUAGCUUUAACACUCUGAUCUGCUGACUGAGGAGUACUCCGUUCAUCCAGUGAAAGUGGCUGAGAGGGAGAUCGCUCCUGUAGCAGAGGACACAUAUAACACAAGCCUACCUGAAACUGUGACUACCCAUCGCUUCCUUCCCACAUAGGGGCCAAAGCAGGAGAGACGACAAACAAAAUCAUGCAACACAUUCAAACCAGCACUGAGCUAAUCGUUACUUGAUGUGAGAAAAAGCGGAGGAGAGGUAGAAGUGCACAAAUGCUUUCUGCCUCUCCUGCCACUUUCUUCACUGCUGAAAAAAAAAAAGGUGCGGGUGAAAUGAACAGAUCUGUGAAAACAGGAGUAAAGGGGCACAUCUCAACUAGGUUUUUUUUUCCCCCAAUUUUUUUUUCUAUUUUGUUGUUUUGUCUUUUCCUCCCCAUGGUGCUCUCAUUCAAACUGUCCAGGCAUUAAAAGCCUGCUGGGAUGAGUCAGUGUCGAUUUUGCAUAUGCAUAUGAACCUAAUGCAACAAAAUGUGUUAAAAAAAAAAAGAAGACUAGCAAAUGAAAGAAGGUUUGCUUUUGAGUUCUUUUUUUUUUUUUUUUUUUAAGAAAUGAUUAUGAAUGUGACAUUGGUCGAAAAAAAUACUGUUUAAAUUCAGUAUCUAGUUUUUCUUUCUUUCUUUUUUAAAUGUGGACUUGAAUGAAGCAGUAAAGUUUAAGUCUGGGUCAGCACUGCCAUGGAAGCUGAGAGCCUAGGCAAGUCUGUGCUAUUUCUGUUUUGUUACUUUUUAUAUUCUUGUGUGUACACAAUCUUCAUUCACAUUUUUUUAUAGGUUUCUCUUCAGCAGGGUUUUUUUGUUGUUGUUGAAGUGCAGUUGUUUCUGUCUGCAGGGUCCCCCACACACACACACAUUUAUCAUUUGUAGCUCUUUUGUGUUGCGAAACAACUUUAGUAAGGUAUUAUAAAAGCUGAUGCUGACACACUGAUGAAGAGAAGGAGCAGACCUGAUCAUUGUUCGAGGUCAUAUUUGGCAUGACUACUCUAGUGUUAUUUUACUAUUGUGAUCUGUGUGCCUCUGUGCGAUUUACUUUUGAUCGGCCCACACAAGCCUGUAGGCUUAGGCAAGGCAGGUGUUAACAAAAGAUUUUUCCAGUUUCAAAAAUUUUGGCAAGCACCUGCUUGACUCAGAUUUAUCUGUGAUCGGUAAAGACCGCUUUCAUCACUGUACCGCUUUGGUCGAACGCAUGCUUUAGAGACCAAAACUUUCACCCAUCAUUUAAAAAAAAAUAAUUUGUAUGUAACUAGCAAUUACUGAACGUUGUUUUAUAUCAACAGCACAGCAUGACCAGUAAAGCAAAACGUCUCUGCAAUGCACAAGUGCGAGUCAAAACCACCAUGAAUAGCAAGCAGUCAAAAAUAGACAUGAAUUAUAAAGUUGCACUUUGUGCAUGCAUCAGGUUUUAAAUAUUCGAUUACCUGUAUUAUUGUUGCUAUUCUCACAAACACAAUAAAACCGUAAAUUACAGCAGUUAUAUUCUAAUCCUCGUCUAUAUUCGCCAUGAUGCUGUGCUUUUGCCGCAUGCAAAAUGACGCAACUGUUGAACAGUUGAGCACCUCUUUUAUUAUGUUUGUUAAUGGUCCCUGCAUUGCAGUAGUGUAAUAUACACACAAAGCAGGAACUCUAUUAGGAACACUGUGCUGCUUGUUCAAAGUAUUUAUUGGACACACCUGUCUUGACCAGGGAUUGUAUUGACCAGGGAUUCAAAUUUGACCCUAGGUCUUAUCCCAUCACACAAUUAUUUUGACUUCUGGUCAAUUACUUACAGAUGGUAUAUAAUGUGAUGUGAUUUGAGUUUGCCAUGUAGGUGAUUACUGUACAAAUUUUGAACGGAAGCUGCAUUACUGACUCUCCCUGCUGAUCUAAAUAUUUCUGUGCCUCCAUCUCAGGCCACAUCCAUCCAUAGUAGUAUGUAUAGUAGGGCAUUUAAAAUGUUCCUAAUUGUAUUUUUCCCCACACACACUACAGCAUGCAUAAGCCAAUGCACUUACAAACAUGGCAUAUCACAUGGUAACAUGGUGUGUAUUAUGCGGUUCUUUCUUUCCUUUACCCCAGAACUGUGUUCCAACACACAACCCCUCUUGCUCAAGGGAUCCUGAUAGAUAGUGGGUAAAGAUGGGAUCAGCAAAUCUGUUAAAAACUGUCAUAUUUUAUUAUUUGGCUUUCUCACAUUUCAGUUAAAGUAACAGCAAAAAGACUCAAAAUCCUGAUUGUUAACCAAAAAAAAAAUACAUGACCCUUUAACAAAUUAGGACAAAGGGGCAUUUAUAUAUUUAUCUAUGUUAGUUUAAUUUUUUUUUCUUUAAAUGCUGCCAGCUUCAUCUAACACAUAUCCAUUAUUAAGAAAGUGUUCUAAAUUAAAUGUAUUGUUUUCAUCCGACCCUACAGCAGGGGGUGUGUAUUGUUGGAACAAGGGGCCACCUCCAGUAGUAUUCUCAGUGGCAUCGUGCCUUGUGCACACUGGUGCCUCUGCACACAAACCCAGUGCUGCUCUUUUAAAUCUGUAUGCUGUUUCCAUGUGGAGCUAAAGACAGUAAAUUACACACUAGUGUA